AUGCGGGAGAAGGCGUGGCCUUACGUGGGGAGUGAGAAGUACCUGGACCAGUUUCGAAAUGACAGUCGGCAGUACUUCAACAGUUUGGCAGUGUUCCCGCAUAACAACCGUACGCGGUUGCACGGAUUGGUUGGUAUCUACAGUAACGGUACACGUUCCUGGACGCCGGGUACAAUGCCGCCGCCGAUUGACCAGUCGCCGGCAGGGCGGGAUGCGGAGUUGAAGGACGGCGGGUUUUAUUUGAGGCUAAGUAAUGCGUUGCCGCUGGACCGUGAAGUGCCGGAUUUGCGGGAAGACGUGUGCCGGCGACAACGGUUCGCGCUUGAGGAUUUGGAGGAUGUGUCGAUCGUGAUCACGUUUUACAAUGAGCACACAUCAACGCUGCUACGUUCGGUGCACAGUGUGCUCAACAACACACCCCCACCUCUGUUGCGUGAAAUUAUACUUGUCGAUGACCACAGCAACGUCACCGAUGUAGCGCCGGGUGGGUACUUAGACGCCUACCUGCCACUUUUGCCUAAGACCAAGGUGCUCCGAUUGCCGGAGAGACGGGGACUGGUGCAGGCUCGGUUGAGCGGGGCGAAAAUUGCCAAGGCGCCCAUUUUCGUGGUCCUGGACUCGCACAUUGAAGUCGGCCAGGGUUGGCUGGAGCCGUUGGUGAAGCGGCUUGCGGAGUCGCCGAAGUCGGUGGUGUUUCCGCAGAUCAUGUCGCUGGAUCCCGUCACCUUCGACUACCGCCGCGACUCGGGGAUCAGUUGCUUCCUUUCCUUCAAGUGGAUGAUGCAGGAGCGGCCCUACUUCGACCCUCCGAAGCAUGCCGACCCCGUCGCCUCGCCUUCCAUGGCUGGCGGCCUCUUUGCCGUGCGCCGUGACUGGUUCUACGACCUGGGAGGCUACGACGAAGAAAUGAAAAUGUGGGGCGCCGAAAACGUAGAAAUGGGAUUCCGCUACUGGAUGUGCGGGGGUCGGGUGGAGUGCAUGCCCUGCAGCUGGACCUACCACAUCUACCGACACGGCGGUGUGGGCUACAAGUCACCGGGCAAGUACAUCUCGCGCAAUCGCGCUCGCACGGCCAUCGCUUGGCUAGGACCGUACUGGCAAAUCGCACGUGAAUUCAUGGGCAAAGGUGACGAUAAAGACUUGGGCCCCUUCGACAAGGUGCGUGCGCUGAAAGCUAAGCACAACUGUCGCAGCUUCGACUGGUUCCUGCAAAAUGUUGACCCCACUCGCUACGGUACCAACUACGCUGAUUACGGUAUGAUCGGUGAGGUGCGCAAUGUCGGCUUUCAAAAUCGCUGCCUCGACUCGCUCCAACAGAAAUCUGGUGGGAAGCCGCUAGGCUCCUAUGGCUGCCACGGUGAGAAGGGCGCCCAGGGCUGGUUCGAAAUCAAAUCCGACCACCAGAUACGCAACAUGGCGAGCGAAACAAUCUGCGCUGGCAAAGACCUUAAACUCACCCACUGUGAAACCAAAGGCGUAGAUGAUCUAUGGGUCACCCUCCCCCAGUUCAAAUGGAUCGCCGCAGCCGAGGAUGCCGACACGCUGAAACACUUCAAACGACCCGCCGUGGACGAAACCCUCAACAACGAAGAGGCUGAAACAUUACUCGAACGCUUUACCUGUCUGGGGUUCACCGACGACAAGAAAAACCUCACCAUGGCACCCUGCAAGACCGGCAAUAAACUCAUACAGUGGGAAUUCAACCUAUUCAAAUGGGACCCGGACUACGAAGGACCCGAAGAACUACUCGCCUAG